AUGUUCGGCCUCAAUGCGCAAGAUCAAAACAAUGCUGACAGUGCCAAUCCUUCAUGCCGUACUCUGCCCUGCCCGCCUGCUUACUUGCUGCCCUGCACUCUCCCACCCGCGCAGCCGCCCUACGGCCAACACCGACAACAUGCACGAUGCAAGCCCAGCGACUUGCUCGCAGGACCAGACGAGACGGCGUUGUUGAAGGUCGAGGGUCGCCUGUUCAGCCUGAACGCUCGGUGGCUGAGAGCGAACUCGCACAAGUUCCAGCGACUGCGCAGGGCCAGCGCAAGUCCUUCCGAUCUCUCGAUAGCCCUGCCCGAUGUAAACAUACCGGAGAUUGAGGCGCUGGAAGAGUUCAUCGAGAACAGUGCCAAGUCGUCCUUCUGGAUGCCCACGAAGAAGUGGAUCCACCUGCUUGCUAUUGGGCAUAAGCUCGAGGCAACGACAUUACGCUCGUUAGCCGCAUCCGAGCUCUUCCAUGAACAUGCUGUGCUGUCCCCUGUGGCGCAGUUAGCCUUGUACGAGGCGUAUGACGCCCCUCGAGCCCCGUUAGCGAAGGCUGUACGGACCAUCAUCACAAGAACAGAUCCGUUGGACGAGAAGGAGGUCUCGGGCUUAUCAGACGGCUUGUUGUCUAGGUUAAUCGCGAUGCGGGAGACGUACAUCCGCGCACAAGCAGGGCCAGUGGGAUACCUGAAAGCGUCGUCGACGGCGGACGCGAUCGUGGCAUACUGGGUACGAACUGGUUGA